UGCUAAUCACAUGACCAGGCAGGGCUGCUGCAGCUGGUGUUGUCGAGCUGUCAAAGAGAACGCUGACUGUCAACCACACACUUGUUAUUGGAUUCAUUUGCUCUUCAGGUGUCCCAGGACCUUUCUCAGGUGCGAUGGAGCCAUCAUUGUGGGGGUUGCACACCCCAUGACAUGUGACCCGAAGCAAGAAUCUCCCACCUUGCGUCUCUCUUCUCCCAGAACACAGCCCGCCGCGGUCAUGGCCUCCAGCUAUCCACCCCCCUUUGAGGGCACAGGUGAAGUGAAGGAGGGCUUCCUUUGUCCACUGUGCCUCAAGGACCUUCAGUCCUUCUACCAACUCCAAGACCACUAUGAAGAGGAGCACUCUGGGGACGACCGCCACGUGAGGGGGCAGCUCAAACUUUUGGUUCAGAAGGCAAAGAAAGCCACAGACAAGCUGCUGAAGAGGGAUGGAGACGACCAGCUGGACACAGGCAGCUAUGAGUCCUUUUACUACGGCGGAGUGGACCCCUACAUGUGGGAGCCUCAGGAACUGGGAGCAACCAGAAGUCACCUGGACUUCUUUAAAAAACACCGGGCUGCUCGCAUAGAUCACUACGUCAUUGAGGUCAACAAGCUCAUCAUUAGACUGGAAAAGUUGACAUCGUUUGACAGGAUCAACUCCGAUGCUGCCAGAAUCAGAGCCAUUGAGAAGUCCGUGGUGUCAUGGGUGAACGACUCGGAUGUCCCGUUCUGUCCCGACUGCGGAAACAAGUUCAACAUCCGGAACAGGCGGCACCACUGCCGCCUCUGUGGGUCCAUCAUGUGUAGGAAGUGCAUGGAGUUUGUCACCUUACCUCAGGCCCAAAAGCUGAUUAAUGGGACAAGAGAGGCCCUGUGUGUACCUGGAAGCCCCAUUCAGUCCCAGUCUCCCCCGGUCGGAGGCGGCGGGAUGGGUUCCAGAAGAGGCAGCAUCAGCAGCCUGAGCAGCGUGACGUCCAUGCUGGAGGAGAAGGACGACGAGAAGAUCCGCUGCUGUCGCCACUGUAUGGACACGCUGCUGAAGAGGCAGGAGAAGCUGGAAGAGAAGGACCGCAUGCCGGAUGUAGUGAAACUUUACGAGCGGCUGAGGAUGUGCAUGGAGAAGGUGGAUGAAAAGGCUCCAGAAUACAUCAGAAUGGCAGAGUCGCUGACUGCCGGAGAAACCACGUACAAUCUAGACACUGCUGGUGGACUGAGACUGGAAGUGCAGAAAUACUACCAACUAAUCGACGCCCUGAGUAAGAAGAUUUUAACACUAGGAGCAAAAGAUGAUCCGCCACCGCAUCCGAAGUCCCUCCAGCUGCAGAAGAUGAUCCGUUACACAGCCACGCUGUUUGUCCAGGAGAAGCUGUUAGGUCUCAUGUCUUUACCCACCAAGGAUAAAUAUGAAGCGCUGAAGGACAAGAGAAAACAGGAACAAGAGAAGAGACUCCAACAAGAGAGACUGGUAACCCAGGAGACCCUGAAAAGGAGGCAGGAGUCUGAGAAGAACCGUCCGCCUCCCAGCACCAACGGAGAGCUGCCGCGGGCCCCGAGAGCUCCGCAUAUGACCAAAGCCGGAGGAUGGUUGCCCUCCGCAGAUGCCAUCCACACGCGCAGCGAGCUGGAGGACCCCCUCCUGCAGCAGAUUGAGAACAUCCAGUCGUUCCUCCGUCAGGCGCGGGAGGCCAAGAGGGCAGACGAGGUGGCCAUGUUGGAGGAGAACCUGCGUCAGCUGCAGGACGAGUACGACCAGCAGCAGACCAGCCUGGCCAUCUCGCUCUCCCAGAAGCUGGCCCAGGAGGAGAGCCUGCAGCAGGGGGAGCUCGAUCGUCUGGAGGCCCGGGAGAGGGAGGACUGGGAGCACUGGGGCCCCGCUGUGGGCAGCACUCAGCCUGCCCUCACGUGGGGGAUGUCUCCGGAUAUUAGUCCGGCAGUCGGCUGCCAAGGAGAGGAGAACACUGAAGCAGGGGACCUGACUCCCAAAGCUGAGAGGAGUCCAUCCCCUGCGAGAGCACUCCCUGUUCUCACAAGCCAGGAGGAGUCGCCUCCCAGGCUGAGGAGCUUAGGGGGGCAUGUGACCCCCCCUGGUGGCGACGGACAGAACAACGCCUCCCUUAACCCUUUCGAGGAAGAGGACUCUACUCCCGUUGAGGAGGAUCCAUCCAAUCCCUUCUCUGAGGACAUAAAGAGGGAACACAAAGAGGUCCGCAACGAGAAGAAAGAGUACAACCCGUUCGAUGAAGACGAAGAGGUCGACGAAGAGAAACCGGCCGUGGCCGGUAACCCCUUUGAAGACGGCGACACAGACACGGGUAACCCGUUCCUGGAAGCCUCUAGGAACUCUCCGGGAGUCUCGAACAACCCCUUCGACAGGGACGAUGACGCCGGGGAUUUGCCCGAUGUGGACAUGAUCGAGGAGGAGCUGCUGCUGCAGCAGAUUGACAACAUUAGGGCCUACAUUUUUGACGCCAAGCUCAGCGGCCGCCUCGACGAGGUGGAGCUCCUGUCGGAGAACCUCGGAGAGCUACAGCACACCCUCCAAGAGCAGAAGAAAAAGAAGCACUGACCCCCCCCCCCUGAUUACCUGCUACUUACCAAGUCCUGCAAGGCUAGCUCACUUUACAUGACUAAUGAGCCCACUGGUUUUAGUUUGGGCGAGGUCUGCUGCACCACAAAAAGAUUUGGUAAGUCCCAAAAUGAAAUAUGUACUAAAGCUCAGCAGUCUGGAGUGACUCCCUUACUUUCUAAACCACUCAUCCUGUACAGGGUCGCAGAGGGCUGGAGUCUGUUUCAGCAUGCACACUUUUUAAGCACUGCAAGAAAAAGUCCAUUUGUACAGUUUGCAUGUUGCUGUAGAUGUUAACGCUGUUGCAUCAGGAACACAGAGGAAUGGCGUUCAAACACUUUCAAAACGGCAUUGUGAACAAAAGGGAGCCAUGAAGCUGACGAUGCACAUUUAGAGAUCUGUAGUUGAACACUAUGUGGGGUCUUUUGCCAAAUUAUCUUAAUAGUCCACUGAAAUAGCAUUGCACUCUUAUAGCAUUGUCAGAUUCAUGAUGGACAGUAAAACAUCUACAUUACCCAAAAUGUAACUCCACCACCAGUGCGUUUGAUCCUAGUAGCCUCACGCGGUCUGAUGCUCACUACUUUACAGAAUUGUUUUAAAUUUCAGACUUGUAGUCCUUAAAGAACCUCAGACUUUGAUGUGUAGAAUCGGUGGAGCCUCCCUUUACCUUCAUUGACAUUAGUGCCACCUUGUUGUACCACCAACUCUAGUAUAUUUGUGGUAACUCCUGAACCGAACCAUACAUUACUGUUCUAACUGGGCCAUGAACAACAAACACCAUCUGAUGAUUUAAUUAGAAACAAAUGAAUUUAGGCUUUUACGACCAGCCUAUGAUCAUUCAGUAAGAUGUCCUCACAGGCUUGAAAUAUUAAAUCAGUCACAUGACUUUCUCCCCGCGUCGUUCUGUGACUUUCACUCAUGACGUUUCAGGGAGAAAUGCUUCUAAUACUUAAUCAUACUAUAAAUAACCACAUGUACAUCUGCGAUACAAUGUCCACCACAGGCUUUGAAUCAGUAUUACUGUUCAUUUCUGUUUCAGUGGAAGUUGCUUUUUUUUUUUCUUCUGUAAAACUGAAUUUAAGUGUGAACCAUGUCUCUGUUCGGUCUGAAGGUCGUCCUCGAGCAGAUUCAGUUCAGUGAUCUUUUAUUUUGUGCAUCUUGUCACGUUGGCUUUUUUUAGACCUUUAUUAUUUUUAAAGCAUUGAACCAAGUGGAGCAAAACGUUUCCCCCCGUCUGACUGAGGGACCCCUUCCAGGCCGUGAUCUGGUUAACAGAGGCACUACAGAUCCAACGGAGCACUCGGGCUGCACGAGUUGUGUCCGGCUUCUUUACCCCGCUGCUCGAUGCCGCUCUUUCUAAAGAACUAGAGGCCACGCCCGUCUUCCUGCUUUUCUUUUAUACAUUUGGACUGAUAGAAUCGCUUCUGUUCCGUGCUGUCGGCCAAAAGCCGACGCAGUAGUUUCAACCAAGAAGUCCAUUCAUCCAACCAGCAUCCAACCAGCAAACACUAUCUGCAGAUGCACAUCUUCAAACAAGACGCCAGGAGUCACUAAAACCCCCGUGUGCAUUUGAGAAGAUCAAACUAAAUUCUUAGGAUCAGCGCAAGAUUUUAAACAGGUUUUGGUUUUGUCAGAUAAAUGAACACUACAUGAA